AUGUCUCGUGAACGUGUCGUCGCUUUGGUAGACAUGGAUUGUUUUUAUGUACAAGUGGAGCAACGUUUGAAUCCAUCUUAUGCUGGCAAGCCCUGCGCUGUUGUACAAUAUAACACUUGGAAAGGAGGGGGGUAAUUAUUUUAAUAUUUUUUAAAUAAAAAUAUUAAUGACUUGUUUACUGAAAGAAAGCUAGCCGACUGGUGAAUGCAUUGUUGUAAUUGAACAUUUUAUACGCUAUGAUAGUUUAGGGCAUAGUGUUUGUCCGUGUGACCGUGUAUAAAUUCAAAUAAACUAUAUUCUUAACUAUAUAGCUCAAAUGCUCAAUAACAUAAUUUAAUAGAAGAAAUUUUACAUUAGGCCACAUAAAAAAAAUAGUUGGUUAGCGUCCCCGCCCGCCCACAAAAAAGUUAAUGAUACAAAAUAAACGUAGGAGUACACUCAAAUAGAAAAAGAUAGUGCAAAACUCUGAAACUAAUCGCUCCUCGCUUGCAUUCACUGGUUUAUUGGAGCAAUUGUAAAGUUUUGAAACUCUAUUAUCUCCCCUGAAUAGAGUUUGCAGUGCCUUGUCAUGCAAAUAGCUUGCUUGCAAGGAACGUUUGGAAUUUUUACGAACUUUAUUUUUAGUUUUUAAUUCUUUCAGGAAAUAGACUUGCCUAGAUUUAAUCUUUAUGCCCCAAAUAUUAUUUACAUCUACAUAUGAGUUGCGUCAUAAAUUGUACUCGAAUUCAAACAAUGCAAUGUCAAUGACUUUAUAAAAGCAAAAGCAUAUUGUAUUGGCCAAUUGGGUUUACACUUUUACAAGUUCAUUUAACCUUAACUCUCUCAAGUCUCAACAGACAAUCGGACAUGCUAAAUCCAUUGAUAUGACAACUUCAAAAAAAUUUUUCAGGGAUACUUUGUUUUCUGCUCUCUAGACUCCCCCUCGUGGCUCUAGUGCUCCACCCCUAGAAUAUAGACCUUACUGGGGUUUGGUGACACUUUGUGUUGCUUCAGUCACCUGCUCACGGCUCACCCCCCUAAAAUUUCUGGCACCACCCCAGUAAAAAAUAUGAAAAUCCGUCUAUGGAUGGCUAUGCAAAAUGUUGUCAAGUUUAUAUUAAAGAAUAUGUUUUAGGGGAUUUGUGAUUUUUCAACAUUAUUUUUGACUAAUCCAGUGUUCUCAAGAGUAUAUUUCAUGGAAAAAGACAUCAUGCACAGAAAUUAACACAAGGCACGACGUCUUUUUACCCCCGCUCCUUCCUUCCAGAUGUUACAUUGACGUCAUUUUGGCAGAAAGUCCAGAAACAUAUUUGACCCUUCCCUUACACAGCAAAAAACACCUAGCCUAUAACAAUGUUGGAACAGUUAAACGCCUUUCAAUGAACGAUGAGCUAAGAAUUGACCUACAAGGAAAACCUAUCAAAAACGUGACAUCCUAUAAAUAUCUUGGUGUCUACUUCAGGGGCGUAGCUAAGGGGGGGUGCGGGGGGUGCCGCACCCCCCCAAAGCUGUGUCCGUCGGCACAAUAAAUCAGUUGUCGACAAAAUGAAUUGGAUCAAGCCAAUAGACAAUACCUGAUUGGAAUGAGAUUGUUUGUAGAAAAUUUGUAGAAAAUGCGAGAUCGAAAAGAUGGAUAUGUCGACUGAAAGCUCGGUCCUUUUCCAAACAUUCAGCCAAAUUGGCCAAGAACUUAUUACUCUAAUACGCUAUUUAAUAGUAUUAAAUUUUCUUGCAAUUUUGUGAAAUAUAUAUAUGAUACCAUAGGAAACUCGAAGCACAUGUGCGUGUUGACUGUUGAUGCGUCUGCGCUUCAUUUUAUAAUUUUGUAAAGCCAGUAAAGGUCUUAGAAAUUACACCUAACGGUCUUAUAUACAAUGAGAAAUACGAAGAUGAUUUAAAAGAAUGGACAGUAGCAAGCAAAAACGCAAACGGAAGAGAGAGAAACUGACGUGUUUAGUUUGCAAUCGGUCGUUUGAUGACGAUUGGAUGUGCUUUUUUGACAUUUAUACCAGGUAUUUUAAGGAAAUAUUUCGCCUAUUUAAAAAAUAAAUUAUCUUACUACUCGGAUUUCAUCGUUAUACAUCACUUAAAAAUGAAUACGGUUCGUUUUGACCACGCCCUAACAACGUGCUAGCCACGCCCUUUUGUCGGCAAAAAGUUGUCUUGCACCCCCCGAAAAGGAUAGUCUUCGCUCCGCCCCUGGUCUACUUAGAUCGAGGUUUAUCAUUUAUUGAACAUAUAAAUCGCCUGAAGAUGAAAGUAGCUAAACGGUUAGGUGCUUUGACCAGAAGUAGACCAUUUCUAACUAGUUAUGCUGCUAUUAAAGUCUAUACAGCUAUGGUACUGCCGGUCUUUGACUACUGUGACGUUGUUUGGGACACUCUCAGCGACUCACAGCAACACAAACUAGAAAAAUAGGUACGCAAUGCGUACAUGUGGCUAGCCUGGUAAACUUUAACUCCCCAAACCCUCCUCCAAACCCAGAAAGCCUGCCAUGCUGGUUAACUUUAAAUUUAAUAGUAAUAAAAAGACACACCACGAUGGUCGGAAUGCGCAAAUUUUCUCCCACUUGUGCAGGCUCAUUUUGUCAGUUGAGUUUCACGGUACACUUGAAAAAUACCGUGUCAUAUCUCGUCGCUUCCCAUGUAAAUAGCGAAUCAUGAAUAACACUUGAAUAAACACAAAUAUGUGAAUUUGCGCGCUGGGCUUUUGAAUAUAACGAUUGUAAAAAGUUUCCGUGUGAUCUAUUAGCAAUUUAAAAGAUACCUAAACUGUAAUACUGCCAUAUAUUUAAUCUCGCGUUUGUUAUUUGCGCAGCAGCAGUUUUGCCGUGGAAUUAAAAUUGCGUGUCAUAUGAUAUUUUUAAUAGGCAAAUAGCGUUUGAGAUAUAGCAACAUUAGCAAACAAAUACACUGAAAUCUUGGUUAGCACACAAACUUUUACCACUUUUAAUGCAAUAUUACUAAACUGUAAUACUGCCAUAUGUAUUUAAUCUCGCGUUUGUUAUUUGCGCAACAGCAGUUUUGCCGUGGAAUUAAAAUUGCGUGUCAUAUGAUAUUUUAAUAGGCAAAUAGCGUUUGAGAUAUAGGCCUAGCAAUAUUAGCAAACAAACACACUGAAAUCUUGGUUAGCACACCAACGUUUGCCACUUUUAAUGCAAUAUUAGUCAACUUAUAAGAGAACGUGAGACAAAUCAUGCUGAAUUAUUCGACUAUAUAACUCCAAAGACAGACGCAAUAACCUUUAUAGGUUUAUUACAAAUAUGUAGACAUUUGAGACGCCGUCAAUGUCUGAAGAAAGGUAUACUUAAAGCCUUUAAAUAAACGAGUUCGAUGUUACGAUGUACAGUUUCUGGUCUUUUACCAUAAUUAUCCAAUGCUGGUUUUAUUCGCUGCAUUAUAAACGUACCUCCUCCAAACAAUACCCCUUCUUUAAAAUACCAAACAUUUCGAAUGCAAUUGAGAUAUGAAAUCUCAACAAGAAGACAAUUCAAGAUGGCAAAUGGCCCGCAAGUCAGUCAAAAGUGCAAAUCAAAACCCAUAUUUACACGGCGAGUACGCGCAAUUUCUGAUCGGUUUCGACACCAUAGGUUGAAGCCAUGAAGAUAAACUUUAUUUUAAUUUUCUGGUUUAACAACCUCACUAGUACUGCGUCGUAACAACAUCACUAGUAUUGCCUCGAAAUGCAAAUGUGAAAUGUCGGCAGAAAAAUACGGGCGCUUCCGAUUGCUCCCGAUACUUUACGAAAAUCCGGACUGGACACAUGAUCAUCAUCGCUCAUCGCGUUUGUGUAGUGUGUACUAUGUGAUAAUGGCUAGCCCGCAAACGGGCUAGCCACAAAAACUACAAACAAGAGCAGAAAAAAAUCAUAAACAUGUAUCAGUCUUACGAACUAAACAUCCACUGGCCUUCGCUAGUUUCUCGCAGGAAAAUGCAUACUGCCAUUUUAGUUUUUAAAUGUUUAAGCAAUAGAGUUCCAUCUUUCUUACAAAACUAUAUUGACUUAUCUAAUCCUGGCAGAUUAACGAGAAACUGCGCGCAUAAAUGUGAUAUACCUAAAGUUAAACUGGUAUUUGGCAGUAAGGGCUUUUAUGUUAGAGGCCCACAAGUUUUUAACAGUUUGCCUUUGCGUAUUCGGGAAGAAAACGUUUUCACAAACUUUAGGAAGAGAGCCAUAGACCACUUUAGUAAUCCAUAGAUGAUCUUCCUAGCAUAGAUUAUAGUAAACUUUACGAUCAUUAAUUUACUAUAUUCUGUAAAAUCUUCAUAUAAUCUCUUAAAAACAAAUUUGUAACUAGUUAGUAUUCAGGGCUCACAUUGAUACCAGUUCUUCUGAACUGACGUGACUACCCUGACAAAAUAAAGUUGAUUUGAUUUGAUUUGAGAACAGGCCUGGACAAUAUUUUGCUGCCCAUAUUGCUCCUGGUUGUUAACAAUAUUGUUCAGCAUUGCUCACCUGAACAAUAUUGUUAACAACUAGGAACAAUAUGGGCAGCAAAAUAUUGUUCAGGCCUGUUUUCAACAACAUUGUUACAGGCUUGGCAUUUUUUGCAGUGUACUGCACCAGAGUAGUCAAAAUAUUUGAUGGCAUAGUUUUGCAUGGUAAUUAAAUUUCAUGGUCGGUUUCUUCCCCAACACCCUCACCCAAACCUGCCCUCUGCUAACCCUUACCUUUGUAACACUAUUUCUUACUUGUGUUUGUCAAGAAUUAUAGCAGUAAGUUAUGAAGCUCGGAAAUUUGGUGUGACAAGACAAAUGCGGGGAGACGAAGCGAAAGAGAAGUGUCCAGAUAUCAUUCUUGCUAGAGUCCCGGAGUUAAGGGGCAAGGCUGACUUGACACGAUAUCGAGAUGCCUGUGUAGAAGUCAUGGACGUCCUGCAAACCUUUGCUGAUGUAUGUGAACGUGCCAGCGUUGAUGAAGCUUAUCUCGACCUGACGGCCAGAGUUGAAAAGUAAGCAAUGUUAUUGUACAUUGUAUGAUUAUAUUUUGAGAUACAGUAUUGUGAUUGACUAGAUGAUUUAUGGAUUAGAUGACUAUAGUCUUUGACUAUGGUGAUUAUAGUCUUUCACUAUAUAUAAUGACUGAGAUGACUAUUGUCCUUGAUUAUAAUGACUAUAGCCCUUGACUAUGAUGACAAUAGUCAUUGAUUAGAUGACUAUAGACCUUGAGUAGAUGACUAUAGACAUAGUCCUUAACUAGAUGACUAUAGUCCUUGAUUAGAUGACUAUAGUCCUUGAAUAGAUGACUAUAGUCCUGGACUAGAUGACUAUAGUCCGAUUUAGAUGACUAUAGUCCUGGACUAGAUGACUAUAGUCCUGGACUAGAUGACUAUAGUCCUUGAUUACAUGACUAUAGUCCUGGACUAGAUGACUUUUGUCCUUGAUUAGAUGACUAUAGUUCUGGACUAGAUGACUAUAGUCCUUGAUUAGAUGACUAUAGUCCUUGAAUAGAUGACUAUAGUCCUGGACUAGAUGACUAUAGUCCUGGAUUAGAUGACUAUAGUCCUUGAUUAGAUGACUAUAGUCCUUGACUAGAUCACUAUAGUCCUGGACUAGAUGACUAUAGUCCUUGAUUGGAUGACUAUAGUCCUUGAUUACAUGACUACAGUCCUUGAUUACAUGACUAUAGUCCUGGACUAGAUGACUUUUGUCCUUGAUUAGAUGACUAUAGUUCUGAACUAGAUGACUAUAGUCCUUGAUUAGAUGACUAUAGUCCUUGAAUAGAUGACUAUAGUCCUGGACUAGAUGACUAUAGUCCUGGAUUAGAUGACUAUAGUCCUUGAUUAGAUGACUAUAGUCCUUGACUAGAUCACUAUAGUCCUGGACUAGAUGACUAUAGUCCUUGAUUGGAUGACUAUAGUCCUUGAUUACAUGACUACAGUCCUUGAUUACAUGACUAUAGUCCUGGACUAGAUGACUUUUGUCCUUGAUUAGAUGACUAUAGUUCUGAACUAGAUGACUAUAGUCCUUGAUUAGAUGACUAUAGUCCUUGAAUAGAUGACUAUAGUCCUGGACUAGAUGACUAUAGUCCUGGAUUAGAUGACUAUAGUCCUUGAUUAGAUGACUAUAGUCCUUGACUAGAUCACUAUAGUCCUGGACUAGAUGACUAUAGUCCUUGAUUGGAUGACUAUAGUCCUUGAUUACAUGACUACAGUCCUUGAUUACAUGACUAUAGUCCUGGACUAGAUGACUUUUGUCCUUGAUUAGAUGACUAUAGUUCUGAACUAGAUGACUAUAGUCCUUGAUUAGAUGACUAUAGUCCUUGAAUAGAUGACUAUAGUCCUGGACUAGAUGACUAUAGUCCUGGAUUAGAUGACUAUAGUCCUUGAUUAGAUGACUAUAGUCCUGGACUAGAUGACUUUUGUCCUUGAUUAGAUGACUAUAGUCCUUGACUAGAUGACUAUAGUCCUGGACUAGAUGACUAUAGUCCUGAACUAGAUGACUAUAGUCCUUGAUUGGAUGACUAUAGUUCUGGACUAGAUGACUAUAAUCCUGGACUAGAUGACUAUAGUCCUUGAUUGAAUGACUAUAGUUCUGGACUAGAUGACUAUAAUCCUGGACUAGAUUACUAUAGUCCUGGACUAGAUGACUAUAGUCCUUCAUUGGAUGACUAUUGUCCUUGAGUCCUUGACUAGAUGACUAUAGUCUUUGCAUGACUAUAAUGACUAUAGACCAUGACUGAGAUGACUAUAGUCCUGGACUAGAUGACUAUAAUGACUAUAUAGUCCUUGACUGGGAUGACUAUAGUAUGUGACUAGAUGACUAUAUCCUUGACUCUAUGACUACUCCUUGACCAGAUGGCUAUAGUUUAGAUGGCUAUAGUUUGUCUAGAUGGCUAUAGUUUUUGACUAUGAUGAUGACUUUAGGGAAAAUUUUAGAUACAGAAAAAACCUUUGUCUAAAUGUUCCAGACAGCUCGAGAAUAUCACUCUAGAAGAACUUGUCGACAAGACUUUGGCAUGCAGCCAUAUUGUUGGCUACACAGAUCAAACAAACCGUGAUAAAGUUAGAGGACAGUGGUUGGCCGCAUUAUCUGACGAGAAUAUCAAAUGUUUGGCUAUGGGAGCUGUAAUCAUUCAGCAAGCAAGAGAUGCAGUGAAAGAGAAAACAGGUUUUACUUGCACAGCAGGAAUUGCUCAUAAUAAGGUGAAUAUAUAAGAUGCAGCAACGAAGCAUCUGAGUGUGUUGAUAUGCAUUCAUAAUUCCAGUAAUUUAUGGUAAAAAAAAUCAUCAGGGUUCGUACAAAACUUGAAAAUCUUUGAAAGUCUUUGAAUUUGGAAACAAAUAUUCAAGGCGUUCAAUUGUUCAAGAUAUUCAAAGUCGUUAAAACAAUACUGUACUUCCAUUUCGCUUUAAACAAUAGCAAAGGAAUAGCAACAAUAAACUAAUAAAGUCAGAUUUGUAAGCUUAGCUAUGGAGAAGGAGAAAUGUUUAUUGGAAAUUUCUCUGCUCAUUCUAAUCUGAUUAGUUGAUCGUAUUGAAUCUGUAUUGAUAUCUUUUGACAUGAACUUAAAGUAUACUGCAACUAAGCUUAGCUUCUUCAUCGAAUUGACCAAGAGAAAACUGUACAAAAAAAGAAGGCAAUAGUUCUAAUGCUGUCAAGAUAAUCUCCUAACAAAAAUAUCCCUGCAUACUCCGCUUACUUUCUCACCACAGCCACUUGUUCUAAAAGAUUAAGAAAGCCCUGAGCAAUCCUGACUCGUUCUAAAUAAUUUUCUCCAAUUCAUACAUGUACAUAUUUUGUAAAAGUAUAUACUUCUUCUUCUCGAGGUGUUGGCUAAGAUUGCAGGUGGAAGUCACAAACCAAAUCAACAGACGUUGCUGCCUCAACAUUCUGUUCAUACGUUUUUUCAAACUACUCCAAUAAGAAAAGUGUAAGUUUACUGAUGAGAGUUGUUGGUAACUAAAAAUUGUCUAAAGAUGCUAAGCUAUUACUUAUUGCAACAGUAUAAAAUAAUUGUUCUCGCACACUGCCGAGGGAUGCUACACACGCAAGCCUGAUCUUUAAUUAGUGAACAAAAUAUCUUGCAUUUAGAAUGAAUGGAACCGUUCAAAUUACUGCAUCUCAAAUUAAUUAUCACACGUUAGACCAAAUCCAAUGCCCCAAUGGACCUAUUACGUAAUGAACAAAAUUUUGAUCUAGACAAUUCUAGACAAAAAUUUAAUUACAGCUUGAAUUUGAAAGAGCAUCACAAAAUUAGUAAUAUAUCAAAUGUUUCGUUGCGAAAUGUUGUAGAAUGCGGAUAAUAUAGCCCUGCGAAGUUAGCUGUUUUUCAGUCAGUUUUGUAUUACGCGCAGGAAAUUGAUACUUUUUUUUCAGUAAGCGGUAUCAAUUUCCCGCGCGUAAUACAAAAUGAAAAAUGGCAAACGUCGCAGUACUAUAUUAUCCGCAUUUUACAACAUUUUGCAACGAAACUUCGGAGUAUUACUAAUUUUGUGAUGCUCUUUCAAGCUGUGAUGAAUUUUUUCUCUAGACCUGUCGAGAUAAAAAUUUUGUUCAUUAGGUAAUAGGUCCAUUGUAGUUAGCACUACCGCAACUACAUUAUAACCUGGGCACUUCCUGCCAGUAGGGUGGCUGGAUGGGACACAUCACACAAGACAGGCUAGCACGAGGCAAGCAAAAACGUGAUUCUGACAAACUGGACCUCACCUUUCGCCUGGUUACAUUACAUUAUUAUUCAGCUCGCUACCCAUGGGGCUUGUCAGUGGCCCCCAGCAGUGCGUGAGAAAAACAUUUUGAUGUACUAUUUAAAAAACGAGCAGGAGUGUUGUAUUAGGUUUAAAGCCACAAGCGCGCAGCACGAGUGGCUUUAGACCUAAUAAAACACAGGGCUGCAAAUAAAUAUUUGACUUGACAGGACAUUUGUACGAUCACUUUUAAUUUUGGUCGGACAUAACUUGAAUUUGGUCGGACAAAAACCAAUAUCACUAAAUUUGGUCGGACAUAUAUACGUUACAAGAUAUAUAUAAGUCACGAGACAAGUAUGUACAGCCAUUCCGACGCAACGUUAAGUAAAAUGCUAGAAUGCCUUACUGCAGAAUGCAAAUUUGCAAUCGGAUUUUGUCACAGCAAAAAAAUUUAUAAUGUGACAAUUUUUUUGUGAUCGGACCAAUGUCCGAUCAAAAUUACUUUUGCUCGGACAUUUGCCAAAUUUAGUCGGACAUUGUCCGAUGUCCGACAGUAAUUUGCAGCCCUGAAAACACGACCUGCGAGUUUUUUAAAUGGCUUCAAAAACGUUUGCAUAAUAAGUCAAAUCUUUAUAUAAAAAUCUUUAUAUAAAAAUCUUUAUAUAAAAAUCUUUAUAUAGUUUCCAUAACAAUGGUCUUUUGUUAAAGUGUUCUUUAGCUGGUAUAAAGACGUAUGCACGUGACUAAUUUCUUACUCAAGAUUGGAUAAUUGCUUCAUGAAUUAUUAAUGAAUUUUCGAUGCCCAGACCACUGAUCUAAUGAUAGACCUGACACAUAUCUUCUUUUCCAGACGGUUUUUUGGCGGGAAGUUUGGAGAAAGCGUCGUCAGCUCACUUCACGUUGAAUAUAUGUCCGAGCUGACGAAAUACUCGCAAGAAGAAUUACAACGUAUUUUUGGAGAAAAAUCUGGGUAAUUAGUGAACAAUUUGUAUAUCUGGCGUGUUUGGUGUAUGUUUUAUUAAGCCUGGUUUCCAUAUGGUCGUAACGGUCGUAAAGAUUGAGUCACGAUCUUUCUCAUCAGCCAAAAUACAACAUUUUAGAACUGAAAAUACGCGGAGUGAUUAUAACUAGAGAAUACUUAUGGUUUGUAUGUUGUUUAAAGGUAUAAACUAUUAUAAACUGGCCGUUGAGAAAGAUCGUGACUUUUUGCGACCAAGUUUAUGGCGACUCCAAUAAUACAGAGGUUCAGAUUUGACUUUCACUACCACUACCUUUCACGCCCUUAGUACGCACCUGAUUGGUUAAUCGGAUAUAUCAAACGCAUCUGAUUGGUUAAUCGGAUAUAUCAAACGCAUUUGAUUGGUUAAUGAUCCCUUAAUGGUAGCGAUAGUGGAAGUCAAAUCUGAACCUCUAUUAAAAGCCUUGUUUCCAUAGACAUGAACACGCUCUGAUUGAUUGAUUGUACCAAUGAGCCAUUGUACACACGUAAAAACGCACAAGUUGUUACAGGUCUGCAAACAAGUUGUCACAAAUCUGUUCACAAGCUGUCGACAAGUUGUCUUCGCACUGCUUGUUCCCAGUUGUUGUAACAAGUUUGGAACAAGCUGUUAACAACUUGUAACAAGCUUGAUGGCAUUAUCAGAUUGUAGCAAAGUUGUUCUAUAAACAAGUCUGAUACAGUCAUGAUAUAACAAGAAUGUUACAAGGUUGACGACACAAGGUUGUAAUAAUAUUGUCAUAUCAUGACUGUAUCGGACUUGUUGGAACAACCUUGCAACAAGUCUGAUAAUAUCAACAAGGUUGUUAACAGUUUGUUCCAAACUUGUUGACAACUUGGGACACACAGUGCGGAGACAACUUGUUGGCAGACUUGCUACAUUAUGUGAGAGCAGUGCAGUUGUCAAUAUGAUCCAAGUUUUCUUUCUGUUCGUACCCAUAGCACGUGGCUGUAUGAGAUGUGCCGAGGUCGUGAACACGAACCUGUGCGUCAAAGACAGUUAUCCAAGUCAUGUGGGUGUGGCAAGAAUUUCACUGGAAAAUCAAAACUGAUCUCUAAGGAGAAAGUUCGUUACUGGAUAUUGCAGCUGGCCAGUGAACUCAGCGACAGACUGAAGAUAGAAGAGGAAAAAGUAUGAUAAGAGUAAAACCAGCUUUUUAUAGCUCAAACGUAAAAGUUUAUUGUAUGUAAUAUAAUCUACAAUUACUCAUGGUUUUCAUUCAUCUAUCGAAAAAUUGAAAUGAAAAAAAAUUGAAAUACUGGUUACUAAUAGGCUAUAUAUUCUUGAUAUAGAAUAACCGAACUGCAAAGUUGGUAUCUGUCGGCUUGAGAACGGAAACAAACACUUCUGUUAUGCGAUCAUUUCCCUUGAGGAGUUUGGACCCAGAAACUAUAUGUGACAAUGCUAUGCAAGUCAUAAAGACGUUCAAUUCUGGCACUGCAGAUAAAUGGUUGGUGCAUGUUACUCUCAUUUUUUUAUCACUUGUUUUUCUGCGUGCAACUAGACAACAACAGGCUGUUGCUAAGUCAAUGUCAGGAUGUGAAUGAUGAGCAUUUAGAGAUGCCAAAAAAGGGCACUACUACGGGAAUCUGGGGGCAUGCUCCCCCCUGAAAAUUUUGAAAAUAAGGUGUCUCAGAUUGGCUAAAAUGCAUUUGCAUGCAUACAACAUUCGUUACAUCAUUCUACAGUCUAUACAUUAGCACACUAUUAAUUGCUCCGUUAAUCUGAAAUUUUACCAUUAUCGUUUUGUCUUAUUUAUUAUUUAAAUAUUUUCUGGGAACUCAAACAAUAUUCUCUGGUACAAACGGUCCCGUGGUCCGACACAUUUUCUACCCCUGCCAGUGCCUUUCAUAGCAAACGCCUUUCACCUCUGAGAUUCGCGCUGCGGACUCGUGACGCUGCUCAACAGGACUGAACAAUGUUUUGCUGCCCACGUUGUUCACACUUGUCAACAGUAUUGAACAAUGUUGUUGGGCCUGAAUCGCGUGUAACAAUAUUGUUCAGUAUUGUUGACAAGUGUGAACAAUGUUGGCAGCAAAACAUUGUUCAAUCCAGUUUUCACCAAUAUUGCAUCAACCUGAGCGUUUUUACGCGUGUAGGCUAAGUAUGAUUAGCGUAAUACUUGAUGUAAAGCGCAUUUGAUGAUCAUACCCACAUGAAAAUUCGCUCUAAAGAAAUGCUAAUUGUAAUCGACUAAUCGUAAUCCCUAUCAACCGAAGGUUUGGGUUGAGAUUAUUUAGCCCCUACCUGACCCUCCCACUGUUGCUACGCUCCAUUCGCAUAACUCCACCCGUCUUGUUUUAGGCUGGCGAACGGCGAAUUUCGCCAGCGUUAAGGAGACAUUUGGUAGCCAUUCGCCAGAGGCUGUGUGUAAUUCGCCGGUACUUGCAGUCAUGACAAGCUGAAAUUUUUAGCCCAGUCUUGCACUAGGACAGUAUACCAAAUAGACAAUUAAAGCUUGCAAGUCUAACUCAUGCAACUUACAGUGCCCUUGAAACUUCGACCUUCCAUUCUUUGCAUACUUGCUUCGCUCAUCAAUUAAUAGCCGGAGCCUCAGUAGAUCGAAACAGUAUUGGUUAUACCCAAAUUAUUAUUAGCCAGGACUUCAAACGGAUACCUGAAGGGCUGUAACCCGCCCCUAAUGUUGUUUGAAUCAAUCACUCUCUUAAAUGAGGCACUGUAUAAGCUAUCGAAAGUCGGGCAGUAACAGAAGCUAUAGAGUAAUUAUUCAUUUUCUCUCCAAUCGUUUGUAGGAAGCCAGGUAUAACAUCGCUCUCUUUGAAUGCAAGCAAAUUUGAAGAGAUUUCAAAAUCUUCAGGAGCCUCGUCUAUUGCUUCGUUUUUCGCAAAGAAACAAAGCGAAGAUGGGGGAAUACAGAAACAGCCAAGUUCUGAACAAACUGAUGAAAUUAAAGCGCCCUCAAAUCCUUGCCCAGAUGUCACCAGCGCGGAUAAUCUCGAACCAACAGACCACUCUUACGUACGGGACGAAAUCGACCAAUCCAUUAUGAACGAACUACCCGACAACAUUCGAAACGAGAUUCAACAAUUUCUUGGAGUUCCCAAAAAUCCCGAACGAAUCAAACGAACUUCGAAUGGAAUAGAAAAAUACACAGUUUCUCGAAAUACAGAUGAAGAAAAAAUGACACAAACGCGUAGCAUUACUGGAAAUACAACAGACAAUACAACGUGUACAAAAACAAACGAUAACAUCGGAAAUACGAAAACCGAUUUAAAAACAUCGGAUAACGCUAGUUUUAUUCGCUGUUCGAAAUGUGGGCAGCAGAUAGCAAAAUCGAAGAUGGACGAGCACACAGAUUUCCAUUUUGCUUUGGAUUUACAGAAACGUGGUGGAACUACGCUCGAUAGCUUGCGGGCAGACGAACCUCCGAAGAAACGGCAAAAAGGAACAAUUUCAAAGUUUUUUGUUCCAAAAGGAAGGUGA